AUUAUUGACACAGCUCGGGAGAAUGUCGCGAAGAUGAUAUGUGGGAAACCUCAGGACAUUAUCUUCACUUCCGGGGGCACCGAGUCCUACAGCGGAAUGUCACACGGCCACCUGCAGCAACGUGCAUGGAUCUUGAGACGCUGAAUGAAUGAAGUCAGUCAAAGGGUCCAUUGAGCCAGUCUGGCUGAAUGACGGGUCGGGGAGCUGCCGCCUCGCCCCUGGGCCCCGCGACCACCACUGCGACCAGACUCCCGGUGGCCUACAAGGAGCUGCCUCAGCCCCAGCUGCCUGGUAGGGCCAUCCUGGUCUCAUCUGGUGCCAAGGACGUUUGUGGUCUGGGAGCACAUGGUGCAUUUUCAGAUGUGACUUGGUGGUUCCCACGGAGGCCCCUGUGCUCCCGUUGGGGCCCAGGGCAGGGCAGCCAUUUCCAGGGUUCAGCAGCGACUGACAGACACAUGCAGCACGUGGGAGGGGCUUGGGCAUCUCCAUCCUGUUCACAGUCAUUGGGUCAUCUUUUACACUACCAUCCACAGUGGCCUUAAAUGGGAGUGUAGGGACUCUGCAGCCAUGUGGAGCCCCGAAAGAACAUCUCUUCUGGAUAGAAUGGCUGUGUGGCAGCAUUUUCUACAAGGGUGUGACCUGGGACCUCUAAGGAAGCAUCCACGGGUUGGAGAAAACCAUCUGAGUCAUCCAUCCCCAACCACCUCCUCACUGUUGCCUGAUCCGACGUGUUGCCCAUCGGUGAGCCACAGAGGGGGCUGCCUUGGCAUGCCACCAGCUGGACACUGUCUUAAGUCCUCUGCACACGGGAUGGCAGCAUGUGGACACCUCAGCACAGUGCAAGCACUGCCCCCCAUCGUGGGGUACCCCCAGAUGCUCCAAGGGACUGGAUCUUUACUGAGAAAAAGUUCGUUCAGUUCUACUCAUAUGAAGUCAAACAACUUAGUAAUUCAUUCCGUGGUGAAACAUUUCCACCAAACCCGUCCCUCCAAGGGGAGCCCGGCCGAGCUGUGCAGCCCGCUGGAUGGGGCCACGCCCCACCUUAUCACCUGCACCGUGGAACACGACUCCAUCCGUCUGCCCCUGGAGCACCUGGUGGAAGAACGGGUGGCCGCGGUCACCUUUGUGCCAGUAUCCAAGGUGAACGGGCAGGUGGAGGCUGAGGACAUCCUGGCAGCUGUCCGCCCGGCCACGUGCCUCGUGACCAUCAUGCUGGCCAAUAACGAGACUGGGGUCGUCAUGCCCAUCUCUGAAAUCAGUCAGCGAAUUAAAGCCCUGAACCAGAAGCGGACAGCUUCCGGGCUGCCGGUCAUUCUGCUACACACAGAUGCGGCACAGGCCCUGGGGAAGCGGCGCGUGGAUGUGGAGGACCUGGGCGUGGACUUCCUGACCAUCGUUGGGCACAAGUUCUAUGGUCCCAGAAUUGGAGCACUUUACGUCCGAGGGCUUGGUGAACUUACCCCUCUGUACCCUAUGCUGUUUGGAGGUGGACAAGAACGGAAUUUCAGGCCAGGGACCGAGAACACGCCGAUGAUUGCUGGCCUUGGGAAGGCCGCUGAGCUGGUGACCAGGAAUUGCGAGGCUUACGAGGCCCACAUGAGGGACGUUCGGGACUACCUGGAGGAGCGGCUGGAGGCUGAAUUUGAUAAGCAGAGAAUCCAUCUGAACAGCCAGUUUCCAGGGACCGAGCGACUCCCCAACACAUGCAACUUUUCUAUCCAGGGACCCCAGCUCCAAGGCCACGCGGUGCUGGCGCGGUGCAGGGCGCUGCUGGCUAGCGUGGGGGCUGCGUGCCACUCGGACCACGCGGAUCGGCCAUCCCCGGUGCUGCUGAGCUGUGGCAUUCCCUUCGACGUGGCCAGGAACGCACUCCGGCUCAGCGUGGGCCGCAGCACCACCAGGGCCGAGGUGGACCUCAUCGUGCAGGACCUGAAGCAGGCCGUGGCCCAGCUGGAGGGUCAGGCCUAGUGCCCAGGGUGCCUCAUAGGAAGCCCUCCCGAGGGCCGUGCCAGAAUGGCUCUCCUGAUUUGUCCCAGUCUUAAGUUUUGUCCCAGAGUGUCUGACGCAGAGACGGGUCAGUGGGUGUGUGCGUGCACACGUGCUCCGGGCCCCCUCCCCUGUCCUCGGGUCAGUGGAGAGCCGGUCUGUCGGGCAGGCAGACCCCACGGGUGCUUCUAGGCCCAGGACACAAACCUGUGUAGGACUGUCCCCACCGCCCCAUGGCGCAGGUUGAAGUGGAAACAUUGCAGCUGUGUCAGUGCUCCCCUCUGGGAACUGGGGUGAGCCUGUUGUGAGUGCCGCCUCCCUGGAAGGUGGCACUUUUACCCAGAAGGUAACAUCCUAGUACUCACAAACCUUGUCCGUCGCCACCAUGAACACAGGAAACCUGAUUCU